CUUCAUUUCAAAUGAUUUUUGUAUCGGGCUACAAAAAUGGAGCUGAAUUUGCUAAAAACAGUUAUGACAGUAAGUAUAUAUUUUAACUUUAUAAGUGAUUGAUAUCAGUAUUGUACUUGUAUUUUACUGCUUGAAUUUACAAACCAUACAUCUUGUGUAUGUUCGCAAACCACAGCUUGCAAUCUAAAUAUCCAUAGAUAUAAUUUUUUAUUCCAUGGGAAAAUUUCGAAAAAAUCUAAUUGUAACAUAAAUACCUAUCAUUAAGAGGGCAUAAAAUGUAUCAUUUAGAGGGCAUAAAAUGUGUCAAGGAUUAGUUUAUAAUUUCAUGUAAGUGCAGCAAUGUGAACAUUUACAUUUGUCAAACUCUUACUUCCUCUUUAGGACCAAGGUUUAAAUUUGAAUUUUGACACUUUUCUAAUUUUAUAGUAUGUUUGAGAAUAUUUUUAUCAAAAUGCCUAUUAAAUUAUUUUGAACCUUAUUGUAAAAGUCAUUGAUCAUCUUUGAAAAUAAAAAAUCUGAAAUUGAACCCAUAGAAAAUGCUUAUCUAGAAGUGUAUUGAAUUUUGAAAGUAGCUAAUAGUUGCAAAUUUUUUCCUCAGGUUCAGAAAGUGCAUAUGCCUUAAUGAUUUACAGAAAAGAUCAAAUGAAUUGGAUUGACAAAAGGGAUCGUGUGAUUCAAUUUGGCUACACCAUCUCUGGAGGUGGAUGCAUCAAUAUGACUUCAGAUACCGAUAACCUUAUUCACACUCUUCCUGAACAGGCUUUGGAAGACACGGGUAAUCCAAUUGUUACAUGUGGAGGGAUUGACAAAGUCUGUUCCAAUGGGACGACACCAACUGGGAUAUGAUAGUAAAUUGGAUUCUUAUUAAGUGCGUUACUUGUAUACAUAUGUUCUGUCAAAUUUCAAUCACAGCCCUCAUUGCUAAAUAUGACAUUUUAUAAAGGAUUUAUACCUAAAACCUUGUUGAUUUUAGGGUUUGUUUAAUUAAAUCUUUUUAUACUAGAAUAAAUGACCCGAUAUUAUCCGGAUAAUAAUGGUAGGUCCUUUGCAAUUGAUUCUACCUGCUAUUUCAAAACCUCAUCAUAAUUCAUAACUUGAAAAAGAAGUAUCUAUGUCAUGAUAUUUACGUUUCUAACAUCAAGUUUUGAGAAGUAUUUAUCUGCUACAUAUAAUACGCAUACUCUACGCCCUUUUACGCCCCUAAACUACAUUUUCCCCUCUAAACAUGACCUUAAAUUAUAUUACCCAAUAUAAAUUAUAUCACUUUUUCACUAAAGAAGUUAAUUGAGGGAUGAUUUCUACGCUAGAGAAUUACUUUAGAUUUUCCCCUUUUCGUGCCCUUGAAUUCCAACUUUUUUCUCUAAAAAUUUAAAAAAGUAUAAUCUCAAAUUUACAUGCAAACUCUAUCUACGAUAAAAAAAUAUUUUACAUUAAAGGAAUUUGAUAUAUUUCUAUCUUCAUAAAAAUUGUAAACACACUUUGCCUUGUCUUUUUUAAAUCAUGCAUUAUCAGAAAAUUGUACAACAAAAAAUUCAUUUAUCUAAAGAAGAAUCUCGCAACCGUUUUUCUUCACAUCUAUAACAGAAUUGAGUGUCUUUUAUUAAAUUUUUUAAUCUCUUAAAAAUACACACCCACUUUACUUUUCGCAAAGUAAAAACAAAAAUAUUUUUUCUUUUUUUUUAAAAAGAAAAUAUUAACCCAUCUCAUUUGUUCAAAAUUAAAUUUUCUAGUGUGUAAAAUGAUUGGGUUUUGAUAUUUAUGGGUAUACUUUAAUAAAUGUACUACCGUUUAGUUAAUGCCACUGAUUUUCUAAAUUGGUAAAAUGUUUAUUUUUAAAAGGAUGUAACAUCACUUUUUUCACAAAUAUAAUACCAUAGGAUUUUAAUAUAUUGUCCUCCAUGUAAAAGUGUACACAUUGUAUCCUACCUCCGAUAGGUAUGUAGGCCUACCCAAGAAGGUUAAUUAUUUAUCAAAUUCAUUCCUUUAUUUUGAAGAGAAUCUUGUGCUGCCCGGGGCAAAAUGAACAUACCCAUAUUUGUAAAAAGAGAAUUAACAUAGCUUUUUUCACAAAUGUAAUAACAUAGGAUUUAAAUAUGUCAUCCACGUAAAAUUUUCACAUCCUAAUUCUUAUCUCCGAUAUGUAUGUAACCAAGAAGGUUAAUAAUUUAUCAAAUUCAUUCCUUAUUUUGAGAAUAUCUUGUGCUGCCUGGGGGAAGAAAAUGACCAACACACACACACACCACCCCCCACCCCCCAUUGAAAUAAAAUUAAUAAAAUCUUUUAUUGGAUUGAAGUCCCUUCAAUACAAAAACUAACAAUAUGCACUUCAUAUGGUUUGUUCUUAUUUGGAUGAGUUAUAAGUAGAUUAGUGAAUGCUAUGACUAUGGAGUUUCACUGCACUGAUUGACUUAAAAGGCAUUUUCUUAUAGAAGUAUAUUUAAAGGUUAAUUUUUAUUACUUAUAAAUUUAAUAAAAGUAUAUUUUUGGAAAUUAAAAAAAGGUAAAACUUAUAAAAUGUUAAAAAAUACAAAGCUAAAAUUUGUGUGUUUUAUUAACAAUUUAAAAAGCAAUCAAUUAUAUUUAUUGAUUUUACUUUUAAGAAGGUUGAAAUACAUCACAGUGCUAUGAAGUCAUUUAGAACAAAUGAAAUUUAAUAUUAACAAAAGGCACUAAAAACAACUGAUGUUUGGGUUUUCCCGAUAAAUGUGAUUAUGAUGUAAUUCUUAGAUCAUAAUUUUUCAAUUACAUAAUAAAAUUUAAAUUCAGAUGAAAUGCUUAAAAUAGUUCCUUAGUUAUUACUUUAAAUGUAUUUCUAAUUUAUAAUAAUAAUAUUUAAACUUUUACUAAAAUAAAAGCGAAUUUAUGUUAUUCAUUGCGCAAUUAAAUUUAUUCGAUUUCCGUAAAAUAAUAUAAAAUAACUAUGAUUUUUUUUAAAGAAUAGGAAUGUACUAAAUCUUUUCGGUUCUUUAGCAUUAUGUCAGCAUAACUCAUUUUUUAAUAUUAAUUAACUUUGCUUUUGUUUGUGUGUUUGUGGCAAAAUCUUUGGAAGGCCAAAUGUCCUAAUUUCUGUCAUCCUCUUGAGCUGAAACUAGGCACAUAUUAUUCAAAUAUUAUCUCAUGCAUAUUAAUCAGUAAUCUGCUAAUUUGCUCAUCAGCGCAACUCUACAAUUAAAAUAGAGAAGUUUCCUUAGGGCAGGCCACUCAUUUUUUAAAGCAAAUUUUGAACUUGCUUCUUAGACAAUCUGCUACACAAACUUUGGAGCUAAAAUUGGGAAUUUUUUUUGACCAGCUCUUGAAAAAAAAACAUCUUUAAUGAUAGGUUAAAAAUGGCACUUGCAGUCUCUGCUCUUCAUGUGGGUAAAUUAGGAUCAUUGUCCCUUGUCUAUUGAAAUGGAUGACAGGAAGCAAUUGUUCACUUUAAAACCAGGCACCAGGCAGCCCUUGUCAGGGCUAUCAUGCCUGCACCCCUAAAUCGACAAGUGGCAAGAAUAUAUUUUUUACAAUGAGGCUUGUUGAGGGAGCUUUCUGUCUUGUGAACAGAGGUUCUCCCAGAAAGUGUUCUAAUAUGCUGCAUCAGCUGGUAUAAUUGCCUAGGAGACAGCACCUGGAAACUGGUGACCUGGUAGGCUCUAUUGGAGAUACUUAACAAAAUAUUUUAUGCUACAUGGACAUUUUAGCCUCCACCUUCAAGGCCAGGAGAGGAGAUGCCUCCAGGAAUGUAAAAAGUUCCGUGAAAAAUUUACCAUAUUUCAGAAUGUCCACCACUAAAACUUAGUGUCAAUAUUUUCUAUCUUAAGAAUAAAUAAUUAUGAGUCCAACGACUUGUGUAUGUAUUUCUUAAAAAGUACACAUUUGCCAUUAUAAGUGGCUCAUGUCAUAAUGCACAAUAAGUUAUUUCCAUUUUACAUAAGUUGGUAACUAAACAGAAUUGUUUAAAACUUAAUUCAUUAUGUACUAAUAUCUAGACUGAAUUUUUUUUCUACUCAAAGCUAACAAGCUAACAGUGCAUUCAUUAGUUUACAAGCUAAGACAUUAACAUGUAUAUUUUUUAGUGCUGUAUGUUUUUAUCAUUGUCUAUUUUAAUGUCUGCUUAUUAAAGGCUUGAAAGGAGUGUGGGCAUUUCAAGUUGGAAAAGUAUCAAGUGCAGCACAGAAGUGUCAGAGAUAUACAUGCCAUCAUUCUGCUUUGACAUCAAGUGCAAAGUACCAAAGGGACAUCAAUGAGUUGCACCGAUGCCCAUGUAGUGAUGAU